AUCGGAUUAGUUCUUCGUCUGAGCUCGUCGAGCAUGGUGAAUCGGUCAUCGUCGUUAGGGAAAUUGAAAAACGCGAAGAAAGAGAAGAAAAGAAACUUCACCCAUGAAAAAUCUCGCCUGAACGUAAAAUAGUGAAAUAAAGAUAUCGCAGAGUUCGCAUUGGUAAAGUUAAAAGAAAAACACAUCUCGCCAAGACUUAUCCAGUUUAAAACUACUUUGCUACAUAACAACACAAAACGGAAACACGCGUACUGAGUCAUUAUUAUUCGUCACUCUGUGUCACGUUUUUUCUCCCAUUCAUAUUAUCAUCAACGUAUUUUACACAACAUGUUCACUUCAAAUUCCGCUGUAUGACCCAUUCGAUCACUCCUCUUUCGCGAGUUGUUUCUUGAACCCAACACGUGCAGGAAUGCAAUCGGCGCUUCAACGUUCCUGCGGGUAAAAAAGUACUACACGAAUGCAAGGAAAAAAUUGAAGGGAAGAAAUAGAAAAUUUUAAAAAUAUGGACACGAAAAGAAGACAGUGCCUACCAAAUCCUGAGGAAUCUUCAAAUUUUCUAAGCAGGCUUUUUUUCGGAUGGUCGUUUCCAAUUUUUCUGAAGGGAGCGAAACGUGAUUUGCAAAUAACAGAUUUGUAUGACCCGUUGAAAUCGGAUGAAUCAGAAAGACUCUGUAACCGUCUGGAAAGAGAAUGGCAGAAAGAGUUGGCGAAGGCGAAAGAAUCGCCGAUGGUGGGUGAGGGCAGCAAAAGGAAGCCGAAGAAGAAGCCUAGCCUAACUUUGGCGUUGGUAAGGAUGUUCUGGUUCAAGUUCAUGCUGCAAGGACUGCUCUUCUUUGUGUAUUUGAUGGCGGUGCGGAUACUACAGCCAGUGAUCCAGGGUUGGGUCAUCGCCUACUUUGACAAAGAUAAAAAUCAGAUUUCGCAAAACGAGGCCUUCAUCUACGCCGCUGAACUGAUCCUCCUCACUCUCGCGUCGAUAUUCCUCCUUCACCACACAAAUUUGCGGACCCAGGAGAUGGGAAUGUGCGCGAGGAUCGCUUGUUGUUCCAUGAUAUACAGGAAGAUUCUACGCCUCGAUUUGGCAUCGGUGAGCAAUACGGCGGCGGGUCAAGUGGCCAAUUUGAUCAGCAACGACGUGGCCCGAUUUGAUAAUCUUCUCAUGCAUCUUCACUACAUUUGGAUAAUGCCGUUACAGGUGACUUUGAUAGGGUACGUGAUGUGGCAAUUUGUCGGUGUGGCUUCGCUGGUGGGAAUCGGAGCUAUGGUCAUGCAGACCAUACCUAUUCAAGGUUACUUCAGCAAUCUUAGCGCCAAGCUGCGAUCCAAGAUCGCAAUGAAGACGGACGAAAGAAUACAGCUGAUGAGUGAGCUGAUAUCUGGGAUUGAGGUGAUCAAGAUGUACUCGUGGGAAAAGCCGUUCGAAAUUAUAGUGUCGAAAGUUCGAGGUGUGGAAAUGAAACUAAUCGGACUCACGUCGUAUCUCAGAGGGAUAUACGCGAGUAUUAUGGUCUUCUCGGAAAGGGUCACGCUUUAUUUGACCUUAAUCUCUUUUGCGCUGAUGGGUAACCAUUUGACUGCGGAAAUUACCUUUCCAUUGGCAACGCUGUUUAACGUGCUCCAAAUGACGUGUGCAAUUGCAUUUCCGCAGGCAAUCAUUCAGUCUGGAGAGGCCAUAGUUUCUUUAAGAAGGAUAUCGGCAUUUUUGCUGCUGGACGAAGUGCGACAACCGGAGAAUUCUGAAUUUGUAGCAAACGAUGGGGACCAACCGGUGGAGAAGCACACGACAAGCCAACUGCUCGAAAGUGGAAAGGAAACUGAAAUGGAGUCCUUGUUGUUGGAAAAAGGAAAACCUGAUGCCAAGAUCACAUCCAGUGCAACGAACGGAGCAAAGAAAGUAGACAUACGGUAUGAACAUGGAAUCAGCAUCGAAUUGGUAAACGUCGCUGCGAACUGGGUGAGCGCACAGCUGCCGCCAACAUUGUGCGAGCUUUCAAUGGAGGUAAAGAGCAAAUCUUUAACUGUCCUCGUGGGAUCCGUCGGCUCGGGAAAGUCGUCCUUACUGCACCUCCUGCUAGGCGAGUUGUCGGUCGGGGCUGGAAGACUGUCCUAUUUUACCGAUGAAAAAAAUGAGAAGACCAGAAUCAACAGCCGGGACAUUCGCAUCUCAUAUACCAGCCAAGAUCCUUGGCUGUUUCCAGCUUCUGUACGCGCCAAUAUUCUAUUCGGCCAGCCUUACGACAAAAAGCGAUACCAAAAGGUGACACGAGUUUGCGCGCUGGUGAAGGACUUCGAGCAGCUUCCUCAGGGUGACAUGAGCUUCGUCGGAGAGAGAGGAGCUUCUCUGUCUGGAGGCCAGAGAGCUCGUGUCAAUCUGGCCAGAGCCGUUUACAGAGACGCCGAUCUCUACCUGCUGGACGAUCCUUUGAGUGCAGUUGACGCUCGUGUCGGUCGUCACUUGUUUGAAGAGUGCAUACAAGGUUACCUGAAGGGCAAGACACGGAUCCUCGUCACUCAUCAGUUGCAAUUUCUUCGUCAAGCUGACAGUGUGAUAGUUCUCAAUCGCGGUACCGUGAUGCACCAAGGGACUUAUGAAGAGUUGGCGGAAUCCACUCACGCCAUAUUAACUUCUCAAAAAUCUGUGGAAUCCGAAACGGUUGAAGAAGAAAACGAAGAAACUUACGACGUGGGGAAACACGACUUCAGGACAAGACGUCUAACUUCGGUUAGCAGUGAAAGGCCAUCAGAAAGAUCGGUGAGCUUUGAAGAAUUGCAGGAUGUCGACGAUGAAGAGAUCGCUACGGGAAGUAUGUCUACUAAAGUUUACAGCAGCUACUUUUUAUCCGGUGGUAAUAUCUGCUCGUUGAUCAUUCUCAUGAUAACUAUCGUCAUUGGUCAGCUAUCAGCAAAUGCAAGUGAUUACUGGGUAACUUACUGGACCAAUCAAAACACAAGAAGAGCUGAAAUAAGAGCUAAUGAAACCGCUUCCAAUAUUACGAGCAGCAAAAAUGAAACUUCCAUCGAUUUUCAACAAAUGUUCUGGGAUCCCGAUACCGAAUGGUAUGACCAAUAUGGACUGCUGCGCUCUAACAUUGCCGUUCAAGUUUACACAAUGCUGAUCGCAGCCACGGUUAUCUUUCUCUCACUACGCAGCUUGCUUUUCAUGAAGAUUUGUAUGACCGCUAGUCGCACUAUACACGACUCCAUGUUUUCGAACCUUUUGCGAGCCACCAUGAGAUUCUUUAACACCAACCCAACUGGAAGAAUUCUGAACCGAUUUUCAAAGGAUGUGGGUGCAAUGGAUGAACUGCUACCAAGGGCAAUGCUUGAGACACUUCAGGUUUUCACAGUAAUGUUAGGAAUACUCGUUAUGGUCAGCAUUGUCAACCCAUGGACGAUAAUCCCAAUGAUUUUUGUGGCUGCGCUUUUUUAUUUCAUUAGAAUCUACUACUUGAAGACAGCCCAGAAUAUCAAGCGACUUGAAGGAAUAACCAAAAGUCCUGUAUUCUCCCACGUGAGCUCUACUCUCGACGGAUUAACGACCAUACGAAGCUGUGGUGUCCUGGUGGAAGAAAUGCUAAAGCAAGAGUUUGACCAUCACCAAGAUUCGCAUACAGGUGCCUGGUAUCUCACCCUUGGGACGGCAACUGCCUUUGGGUUCACUCUCGACCUCGUAUCAUGUUGUUUUACCACUUUCGUUUGCUUCUCGUUCAUCCUUAUAAAUGAUUUCCCGGGAGGAUCUGUCGGUCUGGCCAUUUCACAGUGCUUGAUACUGACUGGUAUGGUUCAAUAUGGAGUGAGACUUAGUGCUGAGGUUGUUUCACAGAUGACCUCAGUAGAGAGAGUUCUUCAGUAUACGAACUUACCCAAGGAGGGACCUUUCACCACUGGCAGUCCUCCGCCAGAUACUUGGCCUUCUCAAGGUGGUUUAGUCAUGAAAAAUGUUUCUAUGAAAUAUAACGACGACAAACCGCCAGUGCUCAAGGGCUUAAACCUGAAGAUAAACCCUGGAUGGAAGGUUGGUAUAGUAGGAAGGACUGGUGCAGGAAAAUCCUCUCUCAUCUCAGCGCUGUUUCGUUUGACUGGAGACGGACUGGAGGGUGAAAUCAUUCUGGACGGCGUAGAUACAAAGUCGAUAGGGUUACAAGAGCUACGCCCUCGAAUCUCGAUCAUUCCCCAGGAGCCAAUAUUGUUCUCGGCAAGUCUUCGCUACAACUUGGACCCCUUCGACCAGUACUCAGACGCUAAGCUAUGGGAUAGUUUACAAGAAGUAGAACUUGGAAAUUCGGUGCCUUCUCUUGACUUCCGAGUCGCUGAAGGUGGAGCCAAUUUCAGCGUUGGACAGCGCCAAUUGAUCUGCUUGGCCAGAGCCAUCCUGAGAAACAACCGAUUGCUCGUCCUUGAUGAAGCCACCGCUAAUAUUGACCGAAGCACCGACAAUUUGAUUCAAAACACCAUAAGAAGGAGAUUCGCUGAUUGCACGGUCCUAACGAUAGCUCAUCGCUUGAACACGAUAAUGGACAGUGACCGAGUUCUGGUCAUGGAAGGAGGCCGUAUCGUGGAAUUCGACCAUCCGUAUUUGCUGUUGAGAGAUCCGAAUGGUCACUUUUCGCAAAUGCUCCAACAAACAGGGAAAGCAAUGGCAGAUAAACUUGCUCAGAUUGCUGAACGUACCUAUCAACUAAGCGGUGAAUUCAAGGAGAUAUCUAACGACGGCGUCACAACUGCAAGUGACUAAAUGCUAUCCUUUAAUUGACAUUAACACACACAAAAUCGUGUAACAAUUUUCACGUUAAUUCUUAUCUUUUCGGUUCAUUCGGAAUUUUUUCACACAAUUUCCAUUCCAAGUGUUGCUCGGAACAUAAAUGAGUUUCAACAAGAAUUGAAAUGUGUACAUUAUAUUGGAAAUUUCACGCCCCGAUUGAAGUUAUACCUAAUCAGACGUGAUAAUUUUGCAUCAAAUUCAUCAACCAUUCGACAAACUACCGUCAAAUCCAUGAGACAGUAUCUGUUUUAAGAUAAGAUGACACCCGUACAUGAAUAUAAAUUAAAUUACUACAUUUUAA